AAUAAAGUAAUCCUUUUUGUAGCGCUAUCAAACAUCUGUUUUGAAGUGUUAAAGUUAAAGUUAAAAUUAAUUAAUUUGAUUAAAUUGAGACUCAGACUGGUCGUCACUACACUGACUCUCACUGAGUUACACUGGUCAUUGGUCUGGAGUCGAGAACUCGUCAGCUCAACUGAUUGACUGAGUCGAGUGAGAACUGGCCCAAAAAGAUGUAAAAAAAAAACAUGGGAUACAUGAAUAUUAAUUUUGGAGGAUUAUCUGUAUAUAUGAUUGCUGAAUGUGAGAGAAACAAUUUCACACAAGAGAUUACAGCCCUCCUCCCAUUAAAAACUGACAUUAAAAUGGAAUGCUUUCAUAUUAUUCCAUGGCAGCCUGGAACGUAGAGUUUAUUGAAGUUCCAAGUCAAACUUUUGUAACAGGAUAAAUUGUGGACAACAUUUGAAAGCCUUCAAUUGAUAGAAAAUGGAAACUAGCUGUAAAAGUCUCAUUCAGGAGAAUCAAGAAGCACGGGACAUGAUUAAUGACCUUGACAUAACUUUCACAUGUCCUGUAUCUAGCCUGCACAUACUGGAAAUGCCUGACUCAAUAUUCCUGCAUAUUUUCACUUACCUGCCCUUCUCAUCUAUUGGAGCAGUCUCCCAAGUCUGUUCUCGGUGGAAUCGAAUAUGCUAUGAUGAACUUAUGUGGCGUAGUGUGUUCCUCCGCCAUUUUAAACUUCCGUCAAAUACUGUGAUGCCACAAAGUGCAAAGUCUUGGAGGCUAGAGUUCAAACGUCUCUACUAUCACACUCCUGCCGUGCUGAGUGAAGAGAGAAAAGAACACAAGGAUGAAGUGCUGCAUGUCAGUUUCUCUCACGAUGGCACAAAGUUUGCUACUUGCUCCAAGGAUGGAUUCUUUAAGGUCUGGCAGUGUACAGACCCUGUUCAGUUACUGUUCAAGAUGGACAUGAAGAGUACUUUCAGCUGGAAGUUCACGCAGUUUUCUCAGUUCAAUGAGACUGACACAUGUUUGCUGGUAUCUGGGGUGUACUUUGGUCGACUCAGCACGUCUGGGGAAAUAGCAGUCUUCAAUUUGCAAGAUGGUUAUAAAAUGCAGUGCAGAGUGACUAACAAACCGUAUGAUGUCUUUGGUGCCUGGUAUGACAAUGAUCAUCUCUUGUCUGGAACACUUUACUGGACUGGAGAUUUCAAUUCUGUCUCAGCUGUUUGGCUCAGCAAAGCGUCUCAGGAAGUGGAAUCAGAGAUUGAGUCAGUGAGCAUGGUACUCUACAGGUUUGAAAAUGUCAACUCCAGUUCCAUACGUCUUCUGCAUGUGGCUGAGAUAGAUCAAGCGGAACAAUCAUCAGACUGCAACAUGGAGAAAGAUUUAAGUUUGAGCGCAAGUAGCAGCAGCCUUGGCCCAGAUCAACACCAGGAGCUGGCCUCUGGUGGACCCCAAGCUGAAGUUAAAAAACACCAGAAAGAGGCUCAGAGAAACUGCUUGCUGGACAAGCUUCUAAGCAAGGUCAUUGCAGAAGACGAGUUUGACAUUGAAAAUGAAGAUGACACCGAUGUAGAUGACGAGGAUCUUAAUGAGAUCAGGAUCAGCGACCAAGACUUUGAGACUUGUGAGAGCUCUGACUCAGAAAUUUGUGAAACAGCAGCAAAUGUGGAAAUGCCUGACAGUAAUGCUGUUUCAAUAAGUGGAACAUUACAACUUGGUGAAUUUGCUCAUUUCAAAGGUAACCUUUCUCAAACUGCUGGCUCUGAUGUUCAUCAAGCAGAUUCAAGCAAAACUGGAGCUUCCUUUCAAAACAGCAGUAAUAUUGAGUUGGAACAGAAUAAUGUGAUGGAAACUUUUGAGUUGGAACUCUCUGAUCUCCCUGAGACACAAGAUCAAAUAAACGGUGAGACUAGUGAGGAUUUAGACCUCAGGUGUUGUAAUUUACUCUCUACGUUAGAGAGUUCUGCUGCUGGAGAAGACGACUCAUCUGCCAACUUGAUCAGCUUACAUUCCCUGCCUUCCCAUGAUUCACUUGAUCGAAGCAACAGCAGCCAUGCUCUUCUUAAUUUUUCUCAUAGUGCAGCCAGCAGUGAGCAAGAGCCUUCUCUUCACCCCACAUCAUCUCAGAAGCCUGGCGUGGGCCAAAACAUUGGCUCCAUGCUGGCUCGAGCUGGGAGUUGUGACAUAUGGGACUCGGAUGAGGGAGCCAAGAGAGAAGCCAGCGGGAAAAGGACUAACUCUCUUCAGUUUAUGAAGAGUCAUUCUUUUGAUGACCAUGUUGCAAGCUGUUCUAAGACAAGUAGUGGUGCAUCUUCUUCCACAGGUUCUAAUUCUUCUUGGAGGGAUUAUUAUCCAAUAGCUGUGCCUUGCUUUGAAUCUACUCAAGAAACGCCUGCUUUCUCAGAUGCUGGUAAUCCUGCUGAAGGCAACAUGAGUGGAAACAACAUCAGCACCUUUAAUACUCCAUCAUGUCCACUCUCGUCCACACCAGACCAACGUGCAACCAAGUCUAUGUGCACCAACAGCAUUGCCACCCAGACAGAGGGCAUAGCAAGCAGGGCCAGCUCCUUUCAUUCCCUGUCCCACAUGAGCCACAGCUCCAGUCUUUCACCAGAUCUCUGCACCAGUACCCCCAGGGAGAAGCUGCUGAUCUACACAUGGGGCUCAGAGACUUACAUACCACAUAAAAUUGGAAUUAAACGUAUGCGCUGGUCUGACUUCAGCAAGGGGGAGGUAACUGCGAGAAGGUCUUCCAUGCUUCUUCCUGAUGUAAUGGAGAACCUUCAUAAUAUGGCAGGUAAUAGAAGGGACAAGCCAGAUGUCACAAUAGAGAUGCAUGGCCACAUUGUAGGUCUGAGCCUAUCACCUGACCAUAAGUUUCUCUAUGUGAACUGUCGUCCUUGGCCCAAAAACUACAUAAUUUCUGACCCUCAAGAGUCACCUCCCCUUGCUCAGGAAGUAGAAAUUUCAACCAUUGACUUGACAAACUUUAACUUCGUGGGUCCAGUGCUAAGGUCACACAAGGCCUACACUCACAGUGAUGAAUGCUUCUUUUUGAAUUUGGACGUUUCUGAACAUUAUGUGGCCAGUGGAGCUGAAGAUAGACAAGGCUACCUUUGGGACCGUCAUUAUGGUGUUCCACUAUACCGCUUUCCUCAUCGCAAUGUGGUGAACUGUGUGGCAAUCAAUCCACAGGACCCAGAACUUCUUGUCACAGUCAGUGAUGAUUACACUUUCAAGGUGUGGAUCUCAAGGUGCAAGGCUAAGGAGCGAGCUAAAAGGCAAGCAAGCCCAGAUGAGCCAGGCAUUUGUACUAGCAAAAGUGGUGUGUAAUAUGUCUGCCAAGUUGGAUGUCAUAAAUGAAUCCUGAUACUUUCAGAUUUAACCAGACUUGUGUGUUUAUCAAAGAAAAGACAAACAAAAGAGAAUUAAUAUUUCAAGAGAAUUUCGCCAUAUUUAACUUAUUUUCAAAAAGGUCAUCAUUUCAUGUCAUCAAAGAUUUAACGUGUUAUUAAAAAAAAAUACAAAUUCUGCAUUGUACAUUGUUUAUAUAAAGAACAAGUUGGAGCAAGAUCCCAUUUUAUAGGUUUGUGACUUGGUUUAUGGAACCAUUUCGUUCUCUUUUGGGUGUACCUUUGUUUUGUACUUGACUUCCUAGUAAUGGGGGUAAACUCUUGAGGUAGGACUAAAAUGUAAUCAUGUGAUCAUGGUAAAUAGUAUUAUGAUACAAGUACCAAAUUAAAAUGAUCUUUUUCUUUUUGUGACAAUCUAUUUUUUUAAAAAGAUUUUUCUAGCUCUAAACAAAUAAUUAAUAUGAAGUUCUUUUUUUUUCCAACCCUAAACAAAAUGUAAAGCAAGCAAUUUCAUGUCUUUUUUUUAAAUAACAAUGACACAUUUUUUUUCUUUCCCCUCCAACUGUAGUUAUUAAUAGAAGUAAAUAAUAAUAAUAAUAAUGGCAAUGUCUUUGAUUCUGAAGAUUAAAGAUGAGUGCAGUGUUUCACAUAACUACGCCAACUCAGUUGCAACCUGCAUAUUUUUCCACACCUAGUGCAGACAAAAAUGUUGUCUGCUGGUGGUCUAUUUAAGUUUUCUUUCCAACUUCUGAGCAAUGGUAAAUAUAUAUAUAUAUAUAUAUAUAUAUAUAUAUAUAUAUAUAUAUAUAUAGUAUUUGACUACCACAUGGGUAAAUAAUUAACACUGGGAAACUUACUACUUUAAUUGUUUUCUAUUUCUUGUUGCUGGAAUGUAAGUACAUUGGAUUUGCAAUCAAAUCAUUCUUACUACUUUCAAGAGAUGAUAUUAUAAAAUUAAGAUUUGUAUGUGCUUUUAAAUCCCUGAAACAUGAUCCUUAGCUGAUGAUCAGUGUUUAAAUUUUGAAAGCAGUAUUCAGCUUCAUUCUGGGAAAUAGUGUGUCCUCUGAGAAUGGAAAUUUCAGAGCAAAACACUCAUAUAAAUACACAUUAUGUUGCAGAAACAAAAAUAUUGAAAAAUUAAAAUUAUAUGUAAUUUUCAAGAGAAAGGUUUUUCCUCCAAAUUGUGACCUCAUUUGAUAUUUCAUACUAUAUCACUAUAUGAAACAUUGGAUCAAACUAGGCAUGUCCAAAGGUUUUCCCAACAGGGAAACAAGGCAGAGACAUGUCCUAAAAUGCUUGUAUACAGUCAAGAUUUGCAUUUCAAUAACAUUGAUUAAAAGGUUCAUUUUAAUUGUCUGUGAUUGUUCAUGACCUGAACUCAUUAUUCAUAGACAUUUGACUUCGGUACUAAAAAAAAAAUAUAGAAAUACAUAGUUCCACUAGUUUGCUGGUUUUGAUUUUAGUAUGACAUGUAUACAAUAACACUACCCACUCUCUUGCUAGUGCUUGGUACAGAAGGGGCAAAGCUGUUGCCUCCAAUCUCAGAAAUAUUUUUUUUUCUUACCACUAUAGAUAAAAGCAAUGUGGGUGUCUUCUUAUGAUACAAGAUGGAAUAGCAAAUUUGAAUUAUUUUUGUCUGUACAAAGACUGAUUUCUUUGAUUAAUAGGGCAGAGUCAUAAGUCAUAACUAAUUUUUAGCUUAAGAACAGUGCAAUUCAGAUUUCUGAUGUGUAAGUUAGUAUGUAUUGUGAGGACUUUGUUCUAACCAUAGGCCUAAUGCCCAGGCCUUCAUCUCAUUUCUGUGAGAUGAUCCAUAGUCCUUUCACAACUGAAGGAGACCAUAGAAGUCCUUAAGUGUUUAGAAUAUUGUGGGAAGCAGGGUCGAGAGGCUAAGUGUGCUUGAACUUGACUUGGUUACCUCUAAAGGGGGCUCAAGGUUUACUGAGCGCCUAAAGGCAGCACGGAAAGCCUUCUCACAGAUACUCCCUUCCCCCCCAAUUGGUCCACACAUGGGACUGGACCUUAGCGCUCUGAGCAUGCUAUAAGCAAGAAAGUAGCGCUAUAUAAAAGCUAUAAAAAGAUAUAUGUUAUUUUAUUGCUUAGGUACUUUCUGUUUCACCUUCUAAAUUGUUUACAGACUCAGCAAGAUGUCAAAUUACCAUUGUACUGCUAGCUGACUUUAAUUUAAUAUGAAGCUAUUCCAUUUCUGUUUAUAUACAUCUUCAUGGAGUUAAAAGAUAAUCAACUUGACCCACAUUUGUUUUCCUCCUUGUAUUUACACUGCUAUCUUAUUACAUUUCAUUUCAAUGAGCUGUCUUGGUUGAUUUGAUGUUACUCAAGUUUGAUGUCACUAUUUGUCACUUGUGAUGCCCAAAGGUGAACUGGUGUUUUGACUACACUCAGGGUACAACUACAUCAGCUACCCUUUUUAUGAUCAAUGCCAUUGUAUUUCAUUAUGUUUCAUGUUCUUCUUUCAGAUAUGAGCUGAGACAAGUUGUUUCCAAAGUUGAUUUUAUUGAACUUUAUUACUGUUUGGUAUUUACAAGUACUGGUACUUAAAAUAUUUUACACUUGGGAGUUAAUGAAAGAAUACCAAACUUCAAGUGUGUUGCUUGAAAUUAUCCACUGAGGUUUUUGUUUUCCUAUCUUAUUAAUACUUCUUAACAAGUGAACUAUCCAUGUGGGAAUUUAGGUUGGCAUCCACUGGAUUGGUUGGGUCACUGCCAAAAAAUUCCCUGCUUUUCUUAUACCCACAAGUGAUUAACAUGCAAGCCUAUACCUCUACAGUGCAAAACAUGCAGAGCGGGGUGCAAAAGUAGGUAUGAUAAAAAAAGAAAAACAUUUAUUAUACUGAAAGAAUAAAAAGAAAUGAUUAAAAGUAUAUGCUUGCUCAAUGAAGCAUAAUUGAAAGAAAAUAUUUAUGUGACAUUAGUUUGUAUAAUAAAUAUAGUAAAUGUUUAUGUUUUCUCUUUUUUUUCUAUCACGGAAUACUUUUUUUUGUAAACCCCCCCCCCCCUGAUAUGCAUUAGGUCAGUUACAUUAUUCUCAAUGCUAUGGGUUAGUAUUAUGUAGUCUAGAUAAGUAUUAAGGUUAACAUUAGUGGACAGACUGUGUGAUGAUGCUAAGGCUGAUGACACCCAGUUAGUCUUUGUUAGGAAUUGUGUUAAUUGUCCUCCAAUCAAAUGCUUAAUCUCCUCCCCCUUGUACUACUAAUAAUAAACUUCAAUGUAUCAUUUUCUUUACCUCUGGCCAUUAAAUAGGCAAUAAUAAUGUGUCAAAGGAAUUCAACUAUGCUAUUAGUCUGCCACCUGUCACUGUGACAGGCUAAAAUUUAACAAUAGUUAAUCCUCAUGCCAAAUGUUUCUCAAAAUAUCAUUUGUUUCAGUAUUGUUGGUAUCAUGAUUUGAAAGCUUGCCUUAUUAUAGUGUAUCAUUAUGUUGUUAUAUUGUUUUUUCAUCAAACAAAUCCAUCCUAUAUUGGGGGGUGGCCAUAAACAUAUUUUAUAGAUCAUUUCUUUAACAUAGGAAGCCUGAAGAUCAUAAUUGGGGGUGGCCAUAAACAUAUUUGAAAGAUCAUCUCUUUAACAUAGGAAUCCUGAAAAUUGUAUGUGACAUGGACAGACAAGAAAGAAAGAAUAGAGCUUAUAAUUCUGUUGCAAAUUUGUUCAUUUAGCUUCUUAAACUAGUGCUUGUGCCCACUUUAAUGUCAGUGAUGUGUUUUGUACUAGAAGUCAGAAGAAAAAAACAACUUAUGACAAUGUUGGCUAUUGAAAACAACAUAUAAUCCUUGAAUCAUGAGGAUAAAAAAAAUUUUUGGCUAGCUUAUGAUAUAAUUUGACUUGUAAAUCUUCCACAUUUUUUGUCAUAAAAUAUAUGAGAGUAACUCUACAAAGGUUUUUUCCCCACUAUUAUGAUGAAAAUAUAGUAUUUCAGGACAUUGCCAAAAAUUUUUUUUGUCUAUUUUAUAAGUUGCUUUAGUUUGAGAUGUAAAUGAUGAAUCAAAUGCCAUAGAAAAAAAAUUUAAGAUUUUGAAUAAAUAGAGAGAGAGAUUUCAAUGACAUAUUGUGUACAUGUUAAAAGUCCUCACGAGUCCACUUCAAAGAGCAACUUUAAGCUACUGGUACAUGCUCUAAGGUCUUAAUUAUUAAUUAUUGUUGUCUGUUGGGUUGAUUGUACUUAGAAGUGUGGGUAGAGGUUUGUGGAAUUAUGAAUGGAUGCAAAUCUAGCCCUUCACAUUAUCAUUGAUAUAUUUGCUUGCACAACUGUCACAGAAAAGCUUACGUGGCAGCUCCAUUAUGAUAGAAAUUUCUUUAGUUUGUUGUAGAUGUGAUUAGGGUAUGUCUCAUUACUUCAAUAAAGUAGUAGGUUUUAUUUGUUAUAACAUGACUCAUUUAAUAGCAUUUGCAAAUACCACCACAACCAAUUCAUGAAGGUUGGCUAUUGAAGAGACAUAUUGGAAGGGUAAUACAAUAUGACAUGUGGUCAAAACAAGUUUGAUAUUAUUCACAACCUUUUUGUUGUCAAUUGUUUCUUUAAAGAAAGAAAAGCAAAAGGUAUAUGUUGCAAUGUAUGUAGAUGUUUGAAAUUGAUAAUCUCAGUAUACAUUGCUUGUUUUUUUUUUUAAUCUUAAAUAAUUGGUUCUCUUUAUAGACAUUGUUAGAUAAUCUAAAUGUUCCAAUUAUGUGGAUGUGUGCCAGAUUUAUUGCUGUAAAUAAAAUUGAGAUGUUUCUUUGCCUAACCUG